CCAAAUUUUUUUUUUUUUGUACUUAGAAAGUCAUAAUUUGCGAAUGGCAGGUCUAUCAUGAUAAAUCCUUUGGCAGCCGUCCUCUUCAAUUCAUUCCUUUCUCCUUUGCUCUUUUGUUCGCUUACUAUAAAUGUUCCUCUCAUCGCCGGGGCCUCCCACUCGACUAAUGUCUUACGACCGAGUGCUUCCCAAACCCAUGGCUCUCUACUAUGACCCCGCUAGAAACACCCUGCCCAGGCCGUCGACAAGCCUGUUGGAGCACAAGAUUAUGAAUGAUUCGUUCUCCAAGGUCACGCUGCCUCAGAGGGAUGCUUCUAUCUUGCGUUCCAGCGGGCAGAACGCCGAGCCCGUAGCGGCACCCGCUCCGCUAUCACAGGCUCAUCUCGCAUCUAUCAAUCACGACAAGGUAGCCAUUAAUUCGAUUUCGUCGAGGACUCCCUUGACGAGAGAGCGGCUGUCUCCAGUAUUGACAGUAGAUCUCCCCAAGAGUACCCGCUCCUCUUCUGCCAGUCCUCCCAAGUCGAGUUCCUCGAGAGAGACGACGCAGUUCUGCCUCUGCCAACCUGACCCGAAGAUCCCACGGCCUCGAAAUGCUUUCAUACUUUAUCGACAGCAUUACCAGGCAUCCGUAGUGGCACAGAAUCCGGGACUGGCAAAUCCUGAAAUAUCGAAGAUCAUCGGGGAGCAAUGGCGGGCGCUUCCAGAGGAGGCGAAGAAGGAAUGGAAGGCUCUUGCAGAGGAAGAGAAAGCUCGACAUCAACAACAAUAUCCGGAUUACCGUUACCAGCCCCGUCGAUAUGGACGUGACGGUAGUUCCCGAGGUACGAAGAGUUCGGGGAUCAGUCACAAUCCUCCGGGAGCCACCAGCUGCAGUCGGUGUGGAGGCCGGAUCAUGCAUCCCCCUUCGACUCCGGAUACCCCUUUUACUCCAAGUGGGCAGAUGGUCGAUGCUCGUAGAGAAGAAUCACUUCCCACCACGGCUCCGAGCUUGCCUUCUCGCGGCAGAGAGACGGUCCGACCAUCAAGUGUCCCGGAUCAGAGGGCUUCUCGGCCAUACGAGGGAGACGAAGGAUCCUGGUCUCCCGAUCCUAAGCGUCGUCGGUUCAAUGUGCAUGGAAUAUAUCCGAGUGGUGAUGGGAAUAGUAGUCCUGAUAUGGCAUACCCGCCAUCUCCGCAAAGGACAUACGCCCGUUCCGAUCCGACGCACAACCGGAUGCAUUACCAGAUGCUGCCACCCCCUAAGCCAUACCAGUACCGUGAUCCUAGUCUUAAGCUCCCUCCACUGAAGACGGCCACUUCUCCCAAACUUGAUCGGCAGGACUUGAAGGCGACUGUGAUGACCAUCCCCUCUGUCAACAAAGUCAAGGUCCUUGCCAAGAUAUCGCCUCCUUACGAUAAUGGUCCCAAAGCUGCAGACUCCCCAGCUAGAGGCUCGGUGAUCGCAGUCGACGGACAGGACCCCGCCCUGGUCAGAGACAUGGUGAGAUACCUUGGCAGCCUCCUGACAAAGGAAGGCAAAUAUGCGGUCCGUGUCUUUGAAGGGCCAGAUAUCAGACCUCGUCAACCCUCUUCUCAGGCCGGCGACAUGGGUGAUGCGACAGUUGAUUAUCUGAAUACGAUCUCUGCCUGGCAUCGUAUUUCGGAUGAGAUGGUCAACUUUAUCACCUCGCGAUCCAAGCCAAGAGCUGAUCGCUCACCCCAAGAACCUGGGUCUGCUGUCUCCAUUACUUCUCGGACAGCCAAGCUGGACGUCAAUUCCCCGACGUCUUCAGCCCCCGCGUCUCCCCAAAGCCCCAUCCCCAUCGCCAUUGUUCCUCGAUAUCAACUCACCACGGCAGAUGCAUUUGCGUGUGCCAUUCCUAUCAAUGACUCCUAUGCACCUCUGGAUCACUGGCAGUGGAUGGCUUCUCUUUGGCGCGCUUGUAUCGGACCGGAUAUCACUGUGCAUAUCCAGGAGUGCGAGAAAGAGGAACUGGACCGAUAUGGAGGCGGCACCCCUGUAGAGGUGCGGCUUUCCGACGCACGGAUGCUGAUCGUGAGGAAAGGGAUGGAUUUCCCCAAGGACAUCGACGAGAAGGCCCUGCGAAGGGUUGGGUUCGAGGUCGAGGAUUUCCUAACCAGGUAAGCUGACUUCGCUAUUUGCAUAUGAUGAAGUUGCAUCAAGUGGUUAUUGUUCAUUGCAUCCAUUGGUUAUUUUUAUCUUGCAUCUCCGGGGAAAGCAUCUGUUGUGGCGCGGGGUGGUCAUUUGCUUUUGUUCAUCUGGCAUCAUCAUAGCAUCGUAUCAUUAUUUCCUUGCAUUGGUUGGGUCCCUGUAUGUUCUAUGGAGACUGGCUCCAUUCGUUCUGUGCCUGUGUGUAGGUACACGGUGUGGAACUAUGCAUUUUGUAUUCAACAUAUCAUAAGAAAAUUGAAAUACUCAUCAAGAAUGGA